CACACAAAGCUAACUAAGAUAGAAUUAGUAUGGCUUUGGUCCGUGACAGCUUGUUGGGUCUGUCUACUUCCUGGUUCUUCUGUGUCCUAGUCGCGGUCUUGGCAGUUCAGCCUCACCGAGCAUAUGGCUUGAGUCGUGGCUUCUUUGGCCCAAAAAGAACUGCUGUAGCCCCACCAGUGGCUGGCAUAUGCGCUUCUUCUGUGACUGUACAUGGCUACAAAUGCCAGGAGCUUGAAGUGACAACCCAAGAUGGAUAUAUACUCAGCCUGCAAAGAAUCCCAGAAGGUCGUGUUAGGGAUGGUGAGGUUAAGCGGCAACCAGUCUUAAUCCAGCAUGGGGUUCUUGUGGAUGGAAUGACAUGGUUGCUGAACCCUCCGGAACAAAACCUGCCAAUGAUUUUGGCCGAUAAUGGGUUCGACGUGUGGAUUGCUAAUACUAGAGGGACCAGAUUUAGCCGACGACAUACCUCCUUGGACUCGAAUCAACCGGAUUUCUGGAAUUGGUCGUGGGAUGAAUUGGUGUCGUUUGAUCUACCGGCUGUUUUUGACUUUGUGUAUGGCCAAACGGGGCAGAAGAUUGAUUAUGUGGGCCAUUCCCAGGGGACAUUAGUAGCUUUGGCAUCCUUCUCGGAAGGUAACCUGGUGAAGCAGCUGAAAUCAGCGGCAUUGUUGAGUCCCAUAGCUUAUUUGAGCCACAUGGACACUAAACUUGGCGUUGUUGCUGCCAAAUUCUUUGUUGGCGAGAUCGUCAAGCUUUUUGGGCUUGCAGAGUUUAAUCCAAAAGAGAAACCUGUUGGUAACCUUCUGAAGUCUCUGUGUGCCCAUCGGGGAGUUGACUGCUAUGACUUAUUACGUGCACUUACUGGCAAGAAUUGCUGUCUUAACUCCUCCACUAUUGAUCUCUUCCUGAUGAAUGAACCACAGUCAACAUCGGUCAAGAACAUGGUACACCUUGCUCAGACGGUAAGAAAUGGCGUUGUAGCAAAAUACAACUACGGCCGGGCUGACUAUAAUUUGAACCAAUACGGGGAAGCCACACCUCCUAUUUAUAACCUCUCUAACAUUCCCCAUGACCUUCCCAUCUUUAUUAGCUAUGGCGGCCAAGACGCACUCUCCGAUAUGCAAGAUGUCAUGCUUCUACUCGACAAAUUUAAAACUCACGAUGUAGACAAGCUCUCAGUUCAGUUCAUCAAGGAUUAUGCUCACGCAGAUUUCAUCAUGGGGCUGAAUGCCAAAGAUUUAGUGUACAAUCAAGUAGUCGCAUUUUUCAAACGUCAUCACUAAUGAUGCUUUUGGAAGCCUUGGAUCCUGUGAUCAGAACUAAUGUUUACUCUACUCAAGAAGAAAGUCAUUAUCAAAACUUUACAGAGUUAUAUGGAACCCAUUAUUUAUAUAGAUGUGACAAUGUCAAGUGGGUGAGAAAGAUGUGCGCUCAUUGCCUAUGGUUUUCCAUUUACUUAUGUACCCUAUGUUAAAUGACUUCGUACAUGAUCAGCAAACUGCAGACCGUUAAUUCAGAGUGUUUAAUGGGUAAUAUAUGUGAAAGAACAUGGAUGAAGA